UUUCCGCUUUCGUUUCUAGAAUAGAUGGUAGCCUAAACUUAAAACAGAAAUUGACUUUGUUACUUUGUAAAUUGCAUAUAACGUAUUUCUUCUAAAUAAACAGAAGUAAUAAUUAGAACAUCUGUUAUGCAACGUUCAUAAUAUCAGAUCAUACGAAUAUUCAUCAGCAACAACUCGUCUAAAUCUUUCACUCACAGAAUGGCGUCUCGUAUAAUGAUGCUUGGGCAUGUCCUUCACCGUGAAGCACUGAAGCCUAGAAUUGUGAAUGUACGGGUGAUUGAACAAGUCUUUGAUGUUCGCUUGAACAUGUUUUUUCCUGAGCCAAGAGACUUCAAAGUCUUAGAAGGUGAAGACAAAGUCAAAUCAGGUGAUAUUGUUCGAUUUGAGAAGCUGGAAGAACGCAUGUCAGUGGAUGUCGGACACAAGAUCGUGGAAGUUGUCUUUCCUCUCGGCUUCACAGUUGACCCUGUCACAGGCAGGAGAUGCCGGGGGAAAAAGUUCAUUGACGAGAAGGCCAGGGUGGAGGAAGCCAAACGGAUAGCCACAAUCAAGGCGAAGGAUAAUUAUGUUUUGUGAUGAUCAUUUUCUCUGUUGAUGUCUCGUGGUGAUUACUUUGUGCUGUCUUGGUUGAGUGAAGGUUAUUUUGUAUGAUGUAGUGUUGGUUUCUGAAAUAUUUUAUUAAAAUUUUAUUAGUAUAAAGUUUAA